UAUAACAGUUUUCUAUUGCUUCAUUCCUAUCGUUGGUUAACAUGGAGAUGGUGCUUGUAUUUUGUUCCCUCUCGUGUUUUGAUUAGCCAAUAGUCAAUAUCUAUUAGAUGUUAGCAUCGUUCUGCUUUUUUCAUUUUUGUCUGAAAUUUAAUAAAGACUUGGCACACGCGUUAUCACAAUAAUUUCGUGAACAUAUAUAUACCGCCGCUCCUAUAAUUCGUCAUUUAAGAUCGUAUAAAGUAUUGAUGACGUUAUUUCGCAAUCAAGGAAUUAUAUAUUAUAUUAGGGAGAAUUAUAAAUGACUCAAAGAUCAGCAAUGAGUCCUCAGACUUAUAAAAAUCACAUCACAGCAAAAGCUAUGUCAUCCAAUGGUUAUACUGGUACUGAGACUCCAAUUAAAGAGUUCAAAAACCAUUCAUCACCUUGUGAGUCAUUCAAUUCAAUGCCAUGGUUUGGUAUGGAUAUAGGUGGUACAUUAUGUAAAUUAGUAUAUUUUGAACCUAAAGAUAUUACAAGAGAUGAAGCAGAUGCUGAAGUUGAGACUCUAAAAAAUAUUCGACGAUAUUUAACUAAGAAUUCUGCAUAUGGGAAAACAGGUCAUAGGGACACACAUUUACAAAUGGAUAAUAUUUGUAUUAGAGGUAGACGUGGUACUUUACAUUUUAUUAGAUUUCCUACAAGUGAAAUGGGGAAUUUUUUAGCAUUAGCUAGGUCUAAAGGUAUGGCAAAUCUUGUAACAACAGUCUGUGCUACUGGUGGAGGAGCAUACAAAUUUGAAAAAAAUUUUAAACAAGAAGUAAAUAUGAAUUUAGCAAAAUUUGAUGAACUAGAUAGUUUAAUACGUGGUAUGCUUUAUAUAGAAACAACGAAUCCACAUGAAUGUUAUUAUUGGUCUCAUCCUACGGAUGAUAGUAAAUGUCAGAAGAUUCCUUAUGAUUUCUCUGAACCCUAUCCUUUUGUACUUGUAAAUAUAGGGUCAGGAGUGAGCAUAUUAGGAGUCUAUGGGCCAGAAAAUUUUAAAAGAAUAUCUGGUACCAGUCUAGGUGGUGGCACAUUUUUAGGAUUAUGUUGUUUAUUAACCGGAUGCAACACUUUUGAAGAAGCAAUAGAGUUAGCAACUGGGGGUGAUAAUACUAGAGUGGACAAAUUAGUUAAAGAUAUUUAUGGUGGAGAUUAUGGACCUUUUGGUCUUCCAGGAGAUCUCGUUGCAAGCAGCUUUGGACAGAUGAAUUCCAAAGAUCGACGGAAUACUGUUAGUAAAGAAGAUCUUGCACGUGCGACACUUGUUACUAUCACAAACAAUAUCGGUUCUAUCGCCCGUAUGUGUGCUGUUAAUGAAAAGAUUGAAAGGGUAGUAUUUGCAGGAAAUUUUCUUAGAGUGAACCCUAUAUCAAUGAAACUUCUGGCCUAUGCUAUGGAUUAUUGGUCUAAAGGAACAAUGAAAGCUUUAUUUUUAGAGCAUGAGGGUUAUUUUGGUGCAGUAGGAUGUCUUCUCCAAUUUAAGGGCGAAACAAAUUAAAAAUACAAAAAAUGAAUGAGCAUUCCAUUUGAUAUACUAACUCAAAUGAAUCUUUUUCAUGAAGAUGGUUAUAUAAUUAUUUAACGUAAUUAUUUAUUUUUGUUAUGUAAUAUUUAGUUUUUCAGAAAGUAUUGUAUAUGUUGUAUAUGCAAUUACAAUAUUACACCAAAUUUUAAUAACGGUAAAAA